AUGUAUUCCAAAACAACAGUAGUUCACAUCCUAGGCCUUUUGGCUUGGCUUGUUCAUAUCUCCUCAGAGGUAUCAGCUAGGGUUUUCACUGAAACUUCCUCUAAUACCCAAAAGGAUGUUGAAAAUAUAAAUGAAAAUAAAGUCAGCUAUGGAGAUUACGGAGGCUUUGGCGGUGUUUAUCCGGGUAAUCGCAAUUACCUGAAUAAUGGUCGUGGAUAUUAUGGUGGUUAUCCUAAUGGUGGUUUUUAUCCGAAUAACGGUUAUCUGAUUAAUGGUGGUGGUUACGGAGGCGGUUAUCCGAUUAAUGGUGGCAGUAACGUUGGUAAUGGUGGUUAUGGUCUUGGUUAUCCAGGUAAUACUGGAGGGUUCAAUGGUAAUGAUUUUAUCCGUACCAUUGGUGAUAUUAUUGGUGGCAUUGUGGGUAAUAUUGGUGGAGGUCUUAAUGGAGGUCGCCGUGGUGCUGCAGUUGCUGUGCAAACUAAGGACAAUACUCAUAACUAA